AUGCGCCCAUCGUUCAGCUUCGACACGGUCGACCUUCUCGCCAACCGUAAUAGCCUCCGCAAGCUUUUUGACUUCGCCUGUGACAGGGCUCCGGACAAUUUUCGCAUCGAUCUCUCACUAGUAGGGAACACCCUGGUCAUGACACGCCGCGAACGCAGCCUGAAACAGAAAAUCAAACGAACGUCAUCGGAUGGUGGGUGGGGGCACAACUUCGAGUUCGCCUUCACCGAGGCCGCACCAGGACUUGAGGAUGCCAACGGCCAUCAUCGCGCAGUUCAGUACAGGCUCGGAAAUAUAAACUGCCUUAUACAGUGCGAGGUCGACGCCUGGUGCGAUGAUGGUGCUACCGAUGAAGAAGAGACACCAGAGGCACUACUCAACAAUCUCUCACUGUCCGAUCCUGUAGUGCCUGCGGGAACGACAAGUGUGCAUUCGCAGUCCUGCCGUAGUAUCCCAGCUACUAUACACGCCGGCCACGACGUCCCUGCAUCGAAACUAGCUGAGAUCAAGACUGUUGGCCGGAAGCCCCUAUCUGCUGCAAUAGUAAAGCCACAGCUCUGGUUUGGCCGUACCCCGUAUCUGAUCACCGGCUCCCAUGAACAAGGCAACUUCAUCACUGUAGCAGUCAAGAAUGAUGGCGCAAACUUCACAGAAUGGGAGCAGUGUAACCAGGAAGCGUUACGAAAGCUGGUAGGCCUGAUUGAGCAAUUACGAAGCUUUGCACAACGUGUACCCGGUGGCGUGUGCGCUGUAACUUGCAACAAGACCGUCAAGCCUCUGAGAUUAGACGUCUUUGCUCCUACAGCGCGGAUGGAUCGGGUUACUGUACCGCGAGAAUUUGUAGAAUUGUUCUGGGGGAAAAAGUAG